AUGGCAGCACCAGGAAGCAUGGCCAACGGGGUGCUUGUGUUCAUGCCCCCAAACAGCGCUGGCAUCAUCCACCAAGGCCAGGGAGUCUCUGGUGCUAUUUCCCAGAUUCCUGAGAUGGUGCAAUGUGGGCCUCAGCAGUUCAGGGUCAUGAACCCUGGGAACCAACCUCUUGGGUCAGUGUACCCCAGGAGUCCCGCUGAGCAGGUCGAGCAGCUGAAGAAAGUAGGGAUGAUGGAGAGAUUCCUCAAAGCACAGCCCAAGACCCUGGGGGCCAUCCAGAUCCUGAUUGGGCUGAUGCACAUUGGCUUUGGGGGUGUGUCUGCAGUUUUCGUCGUAUACCACUUUUACGUUUCCAUCUCCGUUCUUGGAGGGUACCCGUUCUGGGGAGGACUUUUUUUCGUCAUUUCUGGAUCCCUCUCGGUUGCAGCUGAGAAUCAUCGCAACACCUGUCUGGUGAGAGGCAGCCUGGGAAUGAACAUCACUAGUGCCAUCUUCUCAGGCAUUGGGAUCAUUCUCUUCCUAACGGAGCUCAUUAUUAAUGCUUCAGAUUACAGCCACGACUAUGAGGGUGCUGCAAAGGGGAUCAUGGUCAUGCUGUUCUUGAUGACCAUCCUGGAGUUCUCCAUCGCUGUCUCAAUCUCAUACUUUGCGUGCCAAGCCAUCUGCUAUACCCCCAACACCGCCAUGUUCAUGCCAUAUGCUGCCAAUGCAAAUUUUGGGAUUCCUUCUGCACCAAUGGCCUCUCCGCCACCUUACACCAAUGUGGCUUAUGACCCCAAAGAAGAGAUCGAGCAAGGGGCCUCAUAA